GUGGGUAUAAUUCAAGCUGUUGGUGACAAUUUGUCAAAGCUUUCUGAUUUACUGAAGAAGGCGCAAGAAUUCUUCCCAGGAAAUGAGUUGGUAUCUAAAGUGGAAGAGUUCUUGUCAAAAAUGGCAAAAGAACCAUCAUUAAGCCAAGAUGAGUGGUCUGAUGACUUCAUUAAGGCUCUAUUGGAGAAAGAAAAAGAGUUGUUAGAUGCAAUUAGUUUGGAGAAAAAGAAAGCAAAAAAGGAUAAGCAUAGAUAUGACCAUGAUAUCAAGAAUGCAUUUGACUUGGGACUUUCACCAUCACCGAUGGUAGAUGAUGACAAGUUGAAAGGUAAGAAAGCUGGUACAUCCACCUCUACGCCAAGUUUUUCAUUGGAAGAAAUAGAUGAAUCUUUGGCUUCUGCUAUGCUGAAUCUAAAACAAAGAAGGGAGGAAGAGAAAAAAGAAAAUGAAUUGCAAAAGCUAAGAAAAUGAUGCAAGCAGAAUCAGAAGUGAGUGAACCAGCUUCAGAAGAACCAAAAACAACAAUGGAGCAUAUUGUUGUACAACCAGAGGAGAUUGUGAGCUUGGAUGCAGCUACAGUGGAGCCUGAGUUGCAUGUAUCAGAAAUGAUGCCUGCAACUAAUGUAAUUCAAGAGGAGCCUGCACCAGAAGUGAGAAAUGAAAAGGAUCCUGCACCAGAAAUGAUUGAGAAGAAGGUUACACUAGAUGGGGUUGAGGAGCAGCCUGCAACAAAUAAGACAAAUGAAAAUGCUGAACCACAAGUUCUUGAGAACAAGGUUGCACCACAAAUGGUUGAGGAGCCAGCAGAACCUCAUUACAUAGGUGCAGGUGCAACAAGCAGUGGAAGCUGAACUAUCUGUUGGUGUUGAACAAUCUUCUCUUUCUUCACCAAAAACUCCAUUGAAUGAAGUCUCAAUAUCAACAUUAAUUUCAAGCACAAAAACAGAUUUGAAAUUGGACGAAAUUUUUGAAGACAAAGGAGAAAAAGAAGAUGAAGGAGAAGGAAAUGAGAAAGGUGACAAAGGAAAAAGACCUCACAGGAUUCACAAACUACCGGCUGCCUUCUCUUCUCCAUAUUUGGUCAAGUAUCGAGACUUGUUCAAAAAUCUGGACACAAUGCAUCAAAGUCUAGCAGAUUAUGUCUUAA